AUGGCAUCGAAGGAUAACAGUAUAGCGACUCAAUUAUUGUCGCGGGCGCAUUCACCUGAUACUUCAAGUCGGAUCUUCACCGAAAAAGUCAAACAACGGCCAUUACAUCUAAAACCCACAGAACCAAAUAACGAACAACAACGUCGUCGUCUCGAAAGACAGCGAAAACUAGCUCUACGAAAAAAGAAAUUGAAGCCGGCCCCUCUAUCUGCUCGAGAGAAACGCGCUUUAUGUCUAUACGAUGUACCAAAAUUGGCCCAAAAAUACAACAUCUACGAACCAUUAAAUAAAAUGUGGUUAGGAUAUAUUUCGGAAGUGUUGGGAGGAGAAAAUUGUAUGCCAGUUACUGGAUCUGCGGUUGCUAAAUUAUGCAGUGCAGAUUAUCAUGGAGCGGAACUUGAGGUUGUGAGAAGUAGAUGUGUGAGUAGAGUUGGUAUGAAGGGGAUUGUGAUCAAAGAUUCGAAGGGAGUUUUCGAGGUUAUCACGAAGAAUAAUAAUUUAAAGGUUCUGCCAAAGGAAAACACCAUUUUCAGAUUCACGGUACCAAUUCAGGCGAACAAGAAAGAUAUCGAGUCAGAGAGUGAUGGAAAUUCCGUCACAGAACUGGUCUUUGAGUUACAUGGUGAACAAUUUAUGCAUCGAGCAGCAGAUCGUGCAAAUAAGAAAUUUAAACCACAUUUCUUACCUCACGUAUGA